AUGGCUCAGCGCCGCCGCCCGCACCCCUCGCUCGCGCCAGACAAGCGCAGCCGGCAACUACCGCUUCAAGCAAUAGACCUGUCAGCAACACUUCAGAAACUCAAGGACUACACCACCGACAUCCCCUGCCAGCUGCUGCUUUUCCAGGCCCCAGGGGGCCUGUUGGAGAUCAGAGUGGAAGGACAGCAGGACAACAUGGUUGGGGAGAAUAUCCACUUGCCCACCAACUACCAACCUCCCAAGACAGAGCCAAGCAUCGACACACUGAGUCUCCUCCCCCACAUCCCGCUGCCCAGCUCUAACGCUGUCAGGUGCUCCCCCCGGCCCGCCGCCGUGGCCCAAGCCCGCCCCGUACCUGGCCCGGCCGCCGCUCCCGCUCCUUUAAACCCCCGCCCCGCCGCCCAUCGGCCGCUCGGCGCUCGGCCGCCGCGGCUGGCCCGCUCGGCUCCGCUGGGCUCGGCUAGGACGGGCUGGGCGCGCCGCGCAGGCGCGGUGGCGGCCCCGGAAGGCGCCGCCGCGGGAGCCAUGGCGGCCCCGGCCCUUUCCCGCGGCGGCCCCGUGGCCCGGCUGCGCCUGCUGUGCCAGCGCUACCAGGAGUACGUGAGACGGCACCCGGCCGCCACGGCCCAGCUGGAGGGCACCGUGCGGGGCCUCUCCUACCUGCUGCCAGGUCGCUUCUCGGACUCGCACGCGCUGUCGGAGCUGGUGUAUUCUGCCUCCAACCUCCUCGUGCUAUUAAACGACUGGAUUCUCCGAAAGGAGUUGCAGCGGAGCCUGCCUGUGUCGCUGCCCCAGCAGAAGCUGCUGACCUGGCUGAGUGUGCUAGAAUGCGUGGAGGUCUUUGCAGAGAUGGGGACAGCCAGGGUGUGGGGGGAGAUGGGCCGGUGGACCAUCAUUGUCCUCAUCCAGCUGGCUAAAGCCAUCCUUCGUCUCCUGCUCCUGCUGUGGUACAAAGCUGGCAUCCAGAUGUCUCCUCCUAUUGUGCCGUUGAACAGGGAGCAGCAGCAGCCUCUCCAUCCCCAAGACAUGGAAGACAGCUCCUCAGGGAAGGAUCAGACCUAUGUUGGUAGGCGUUCCAGCCGUGUUGUGCGCUCUCUCCAGAGCACCCCAUCCCUGCAGUCCCGGCACUGGGGGUCCCCCCAGCAGAGGGAGGAGUCGCAGAGCCGAAGAGCAGAGAGGAACCAGCCUCCCACCCCUCUGGGUCUCCAAGAAACCAUCGCAGAAUCCCUCUACAUAACCCGCCCUCUGCUCCACCUAUUAAGUUUAGGAGUGUGGGGCCAGAGAUCGUGGAAACCCUGGCUCCUCUCAGCAGUCCUGGACAUCUCGAGUCUGAGCUUGCUGAGUGAUCUGAAAGACCUGAACAGGCGAGAGCGAGCGGAGCUGAGGCGACGAACCAUCCUACUGCUGUACUACCUGCUGAGAUCUCCUUUCUAUGACCGAUACUCAGAGGGCAGGAUCCUUCUCCUUCUGCGCUUGCUGGCUGAUUAUGUGCCUGGAGUUGGCUUUGUCACACGGCCGCUGAUGGAUUACUUGCCUGCUUGGCAGAAAAUCUAUUUCUAUAACUGGGGCUGAUGCGAAGAUGAUGAUUAUUCUCUGCUAAGAUCAUGGCUGGACAUUUCUGAGGAGGGCAAGUAGACUGGGGGAGGGAUGUUGAUGAUCACGUCUAAUUUUCAGUUAAACCAUCAAUGAGAAGCUCCUGUUCUGCAGGGUGGGGAGGGGUGUGUAUGUAAUUUUUUUCAACAGAUCUAACUGUGAAUGAUGGACACUAUAUGCGUGGAGAGACCCUUCUGACCUCUUUCUCUGGACCAUUCUGUGGCUGCAGCGAUGGUGAUGGGACAACCUCUUUUUUUUAAGCACUUGAUUUUUCUCGUUUUGUACAGCAGCAUUAUAAUGAAGCCAGGCAGCGUAGUGGUUUUCUGGAGAGCAUUGUCUCCUACCUCAUGGCACUGAGGUUGACCUGCAGCCUGCUUGUGUUGGCCGUGCCUGGCCUAUCUGCUUGGACCUGGCUUGUCUGUCAAAUAAACUGAAUGGAAAGAA